AUGAAUCCGCCGGAAACGGAAGCUGUGGUGCCAGCGGAUACCUACUCGGACGCCCUUGCCCGAAGCUUGGCUGCUUUUGUUGAGGCAAAUGAGAAGGCGUUGACGGAUGACCUUAAGACACUGCUGCGAAAUGUGUCCAUUACCGGCCUCUCCUGCUACUCUUGGGAGCAUCUUCGAGUCUUGCUUGGAUUUGUGAUUAAACAGGUCAUUGGUGAAUUCAUCACAAAGGAGGGCCUCACGGGUCAGGACGCAGCCUCGAUUAACGAGCGCUGUGCGCAGAUCAGGCUGUGCGAGCUGCUCACGGACGAGCCCAGGCUCUACACCUCGACCAACAAGUUCACCAACGCCAUCGAGAAGAUGUUUGCGGUGAGCGGCAUCAUCCCGACCUUGGCCCCGGCCGAUUACAACGAAACGGUGGCGACCAACGCCGCAGCGUUCGCCGCGGCGACGCGUGAGGCGCCACCGGCCGCCCCGGCUGCUCCCGCUGCCUCUUCUCCCUCUUCCGCCUCCUCUUCUGACUCUACUCCCUUCCAAGUCGAAACCACCGUCCACCCGCCCGAACCCAUGGAUGUAGAAGGCUGA